CGCUCAGGUGGAACGGUCGUGUAUACACUCUCCGGGUUGUUCUGUGCAUCGGAUUUUUGUGCUACAGAUCAGAAGAAAGAAAGAAAACAAAACACAAAUUUAUAUAGCAAAAGAAGUGGCAGUUGUCUAUUGAACAUUGUGAUUCCCCUCUCCCUUUUGGACGUUCAUUGUGUUCGUGUGUUUGUUUGUUUCGGGUUCGGCAAUUUUUGAUACGAAGAUCGAAAAGAAGGGGAAAAAAGAGUUAUUUGCCCUGGUUUCAAGUUCCCCCUUCCAAUUCUCUUUCAUUGGGACGAAAGACCCGCAAAACAACAAACAAAAACAUAUUAUUGGAAUUCAGACCAUGGCCGUCGUCAACGGAUUACAGGCGGCUACCGGGACUCAGUUGGAGAAUCUUAUCAACAAGUAUUUGACGCCAGCCGAACAACAGCUGCUUGUCGAGAUACGACGCCGUAAAACGGAGUUACUAAAUGAAAUACAGCAACUUAAGGAUGAGAUCGCCGAAGUCACGGCCGAGAUGGAGAGUUUGGACAAUACGGGCGAAGACAGUAAAAAUGCAGCCCGAGCUAAGCAGAUGUCCCUCGGACGGAAGAAAUUCAACAUGGACCCGAAAAAGGGCAUUGAAUUCCUGCUGCAACAAGGGCUCUUGCAGAACACGCCUCAAGACAUUGCCGCUUUCCUCUACAGGGGAGAAGGACUGAGUAAGACGGCUAUCGGUGAUUACCUGGGCGAGAAAAGCCCCUUCCACGAGCAGGUCUUGAAAGCUUUCGUCGAUCUGCAUGACUUUACAGAUCUCAUCAUCGUACAAGCGUUAAGACAAUUCCUGUGGAGUUUCAGACUUCCCGGUGAAGCCCAAAAGAUUGACAGAAUGAUGGAGACCUUCGCUCAGCGGUAUUGUCAGCUCAACCCCAACAUUUUCUCCAAUCCAGAUACCUGCUAUGUUUUAUCGUUUUCCGUUAUCAUACUCAAUACGAGUUUGCACAAUCCGAGCGUCAAAGAAAAACCCACGUUGGAGAAAUUCAUUGCCAUGAACCGUGGAAUCAACGAUGGCAAAGAUAUACCGAAAGAUAUACAAGAAAGUAUCUACGAUAGCAUCAAGGCUGAACCUUUCAAAAUACCCGAGGACGACGGCAACGACCUGAUGCACACAUUCUUCAACCCAGACCGUGAAGGAUGGCUAUGGAAACAAGGUGGCCGGUACAAGUCGUGGAAGAGGCGCUGGUUUAUUUUGAACGACAAUUGUUUAUACUACUUCGAGUAUACCACCGACAAGGAACCGAGAGGAAUUAUUCCGCUAGAGAACAUUCAGGUCCGUGAAGUGCCGGAUAGGAACAAGCCCAACUGUUUCGAGCUUUACGCCACGGGAGGAAACGAUUUCAUCAAAGCCUGCAAAACGGAUUCCGAGGGGAAAGUGGUUGAGGGCAAGCACACUGUAUACCGAAUGUCCGCUGCCGAACAAGCUGAAAAAGACGAAUGGAUUGCUUGCAUUAGGCAAAGCAUAAGCCACAAUCCGUUCUACGACAUGCUAGCGGCCAGGAAGAAGAAAGCCCAGAAAUCUGGCCAUCGAACCAAGCCCUGAAAAGUCGAAGCAAAUAUUCAAAACGGCAUUGAAAAAAAGUGGGCACUAAAACAACAACUCAGCCUCACCAAUUAUUUAUCAUGACCGAUAGAGAUCGCAUUAUCUCCCCUCUACCCCCCAUUCCAAGUAUGUCGUCAUCAGGUGGCGUUCAAGUAUCGCAUCAUGUAAUUUUUGUUCUUUCUGUCUUUUCUUGAUCGUCUGCAACAGAACACAUUUUUGAUCUUGAGUUUGUUUUCCUGCCAGAGAAUAUUUUAAAAAUAGAAAAAAGUGUGUGUUUUUUUUUUUCAGUGAUUAUUAAUAUUAUUUUUGGUGAGUGUUUUUUCUACUUAUUACUUAAAAAAAAAGAAAAGACAGUUUUGUGUGUUGUGCACGAUUUACUUAAUCUCAAACAUUUUUCACUCCCCUCCCUUGGAUCGGCCAUGUUUUUUCUGGUGCGCGCGUAUAUACACGUCGAUUUUCUUUUGUA